AUGCCCCGGGUGACACCAUCCCAGAGCUGCCAGGCGCAGUCUGUGUCCCAGCCGAAACCAGCCUGCAGCACCCAGGCCCGGUCUGUGCCCCAACUGACAUCAGCCCGCAGCUCCCAGGGCCGGUCCCUGCAGCGGUUGGCAUCGCCUCGCAGCACCCAGAGCUCCCAGAGCUCCCAGGCCCGAUCUGUGCCCCAGCUGACACCGUCCCACACCAGCCGGGCCCGGUCUGUGUCCCGGCUGACAUCACCCUGCAGUUCCCAGAGCACCCAGGACCGCUCCCUGUCCCGGCUGAAACCGUCCCGCAGCUCUGAGGCCCGCUCGGUGUCCUGGGCGACACCGUCCCGCAGCUCCCAGGGCACCCGGGCCCGGUCUGUGUCCCGGCUGACAUCACCCUGCAGUUCCCACAGCUCCCAGGACGGGUCCCUGACACGACUGACACCGUCCCGCAGCUCUGAGGCCCAGUCCCAGUCUCAGCUGACACCGUCCCGCAGCUCCCAGGAGCGGUCCCGGUCGCGGCUGACACCGUCCCGCAGCCCCCAGGCCCGCUCCGUGUCCUGGCACACGCCGUCCCGCAGCACCCUGAGCUCGGGGGGCACCGAGAGCCGCCUCAGCCCGGAGGAGGGGGGCCGGGAACAAGGCCUGCAGGGCCGCAGGCGCCGCCCCGGGGGCUCCUCCAAGGCCUCCACAGGGAAACCAGCUCCUGGCCCGCAGAGACGGGCCCCUCGCCGCCGUGUGGAGCAGGAAACCCAGACUGAGGAACAAGAUUCAGCUGCUCAGUACGCUGAGCAGGAGACACAGACAGAUACUGCAGCAGAAGAGGAGAGGAAUUCAGCUGCUUCCCUCAUGGCUGACCAGGAGACAAAGACUGAGACUCCAACAAAAGAGAAUCCAGCUUCCCAAACUGCUAACAAGGGGACCCAGACCAAGGCCCGCAGCUCUGCCCUCUCCACGGGCACUGAUGUCCUGGCUGCCCAGCAGCCGCUCUCCGUGUCGGGCAGGGGGUUGUGGCGCUCCUGCGCGGCUGCACAGCCCGGAACCCUGCAGGGCCCCGGGGCCGGCCGCUGCUCCGGGCAGCCACCGCGCCCAGAGCGCCGCACGCCGGACAAGUGGGGAUGGACGGCACUGCCGCCCUACUCUUGGCCGUGGCUUAUUGAGAUGAACCAGAUUUAA